AUGGAAUCUGAGGACGAGACGUUCGAUUCAGUACCACGCUCCAUCCUGGAUCCUGUGGCAUUUGCCUCAUCACAAGUUUCUCCAGCUCCGCCUCCUGAUGGACACACAAGCAGGAAUAUCUCAGAAGGACAUCUAAUGUUAUCCCUGGAUUGUGACAUAAAAGAUAAUGACAGUAGACAGGAUUCUCCAGGAGAUAACCCCAUUAACCCAAUUAUACAUCCAGCUUUAUCAGCUGAUCCCCCUGAUCCUGGGAAAUGUUCUCCUGAUCACUCUGAUAUUGGUGCAUCUGUUACAGCUCUGACAGUAGAUACAGUGUUUCCCUGUUCUAUAGAUGCCAAAUGUUUAACACAGAACACAAACCUUAUUACCCAUCAGACAGGUAAGGCAGGUGAAAGGCCACUGAUAUGUUCUGAGUGUGGGAAAUGUUUUACACAGAAAUCACAACUUGUUACACAUAAGAGAAGUCACACAGGUGAGAAGCCAUUUACAUGUUCUGAGUGUGGGAAAUGUUUUGCACACAAAUCACAUCUUGUUAUACAUCACAGAAGUCACACAGGUGAAAAGCUGUUUUCUUGCUCUGAGUGUGGGAAAUGUUUUACACAAAAAUCACAUCUUGUUAUACAUCACAGAAGUCACACAGGUGAGAGGCCAUUUCUAUGCUCUGAGUGUGGGAAAUGUUUUGCAAACAAAUCAGAUCUUGUUAGACAUCAGAGAAGUCACACAGGUGAGAAGCCAUUUCUAUGUUCUGAGUGUGGGAAAGGUUUUGCGCACAAAUCACAUCUUGUUAUACAUCACAGAAGUCACACAGGUGAGAAGCUGUUUUCUUGCUCUGAGUGUGGUAAAUGUUUUACACAAAAAUCACAUCUUGUUAUACAUCACAGAAGUCACACAGGUGAGAAGGCAUUUCCAUGUUCUGAGUGUGGGAAACGUUUUGCACACAAAUCAGAUCUUGUGGAGCUUUUCACAUACUUUUGGAUUAUCUUUAAAACAUCUGCCACUUGA